AUGCCAGCAGCCCCAACUGAAAGAUGUACAGUUUGCUUGAAUAUUCAUUAUUUCAAACUGCUGCGUGCACGGGACCGUGGACACUUCGAUGGCAAACGCUCGGACCUUGACGCAUUCGAUGCCGUCGUGGCGGAUAUCGCUCAGGACCCCACGACGCUUAAACCCAAGCUGCUGCAGGACCUCCCCAAGGCGCUUGGAGCUUGUCAAUGUGCCAUCACACUACGCCAACACGUCGCUCUGUUCUUCGCCGACCAGGACCGCGGUCACCAGCACUUCCUCACACUACUACGACGCUGGCUCGACACCUUGAAGUACAUUGAAGUGGCGCAGGGACAUCCUAUUGAGGAAGAGCUGCGGAGAUUUGAGAACUGUUAUCAAGUUCUAGAGGUAGAUGAGGACUAUUUGCCGGACGAAGAGACCUUCAUCAAAGAUAAAGGGGCAACCAACAAGUCCAAAGCCGAGAGGAAGAAACUAUUCGAUGAAGCCUUCGCCCAAGAUCUGCAGAUGGAAGUGGUGUGCUACUUUAUGGAGUUGGAGGAGCUGGUCGAAGGCGUGUUCAGUGUCUACGACCAGGUGAAAAACCAGGAGAAACCCGUGAUGGAAGCCACCGUCGUGGCGACGCUGGCUCUGCGCAUGGCCAACCAAUUGACAGCCACGCUCCAAUUACGCUACCCAACGUUGAAACUGGCCGAGGAUUUGAUCGGAGUACUGGUGUGUUACCCGUCGGCAGGUCUUGCAGCUCGAAUCACUAAGGCAGUCAAGGAGAGACGAGCGAGUUUCGAGGAAACCGGAACGUUCGAGUUCGUCCCAGGGACACUACUGCACGACUUCACAAGUGUAUGGAUGAUUUUAACCAAUCUCGCCCCACUGUUCCCACCGAUAGAAGAAUGUCGAGUCAUUGCUCUCCCGGAUGGGUUUUUCGGACCAAUUACGGGGAGGAGCGAACACCGGAUCAGGAAGAUCGCAGCUAUGAAACGUGAGAUUGAAGGACGAACUGGUCUGGUCGUGGACUUCUUGCUGGCGUUGGAAGACUACUUCGUCACCCGAAAAGUGACCAUCCAAUUGGUGUUCCUGUGUAUUGCUGGAUGCAGUCGGUCACUGCACUGCAAGGUCCUUGAAGCCACGAUACCCAGACGCUCCACUGCAGAGAAAGGAGACUCUGUACACGCCAUGAUGAGCGAGCUUUUGUUCGGAUUCCGUUAG